CUUAUGGCGGCCAUUUUUACUGAUGAUCCACCUACCUAGCUCGAAUCAGAGGGAGAAGUGGUGAUCGUGGAAAGUAUUUAAGGACAGUGGACUAACGGUGUCUGUAGAGCUUCACCAUGCCGGCUGUCAAGGGAGAUGGCAUGCGCGGUCUGGCUGUGUUUAUAUCAGAUAUCAGGAACUGCAAAAGUAAGGAGGCCGAAAUUAAAAGAAUUAAUAAGGAAUUAGCCAACAUUAGAUCUAAGUUCAAAGGAGAUAAAACCUUGGAUGGCUACCAGAAGAAGAAGUAUGUCUGUAAACUGUUGUUUAUCUUCCUCCUGGGUCACGACAUUGACUUUGGACAGAUGGAGGCAGUCAAUCUUCUCAGCUCAAACAAGUACACUGAGAAACAGAUUGGCUACCUUUUCAUCUCGGUGAUGGUCAGUGCCAACAAUGAAUUGAUGAAGCUUGUGAUACAGUCCAUCAAGAACGACCUUGGGAGCCGUAAUCCUAUCCAUGUGACCUUGGCCCUCCAGUGUGUGGCUAACAUCGGCAGUAGGGAAAUGGCCGAGGGACUUGGCACGGAUAUCCCUCGCCUGCUUGUCUCAGGAGAUACCAUUGACGCUGUGAAGCAGAGUGCUGCUCUUACUCUUCUGAGGCUUUUGAGGACUUCACCAGAAUUUAUACAGAUCGGCGAAUGGUCAUCUCGUGUCAUCCACCUACUGAAUGACCAACACAUGGGUGUGGUGACAUCAGCGGCCAGUCUGAUUGAAGCCUUGGUGAAGAAGAAUCCUGACGAAUACAAAGGUUGUGUUUCUCUGGCGGUCUCAAGACUGAGCAGGAUUGUGACGUCAUCCUACACAGAUCUACAAGACUACACUUAUUACUUUGUUCCUGCUCCCUGGCUGUCUGUCAAGCUCCUCAGAUUGUUACAGAACUAUCCUCCCCCAGAGGACCCGGCGGUGCGUACAAGGCUGACGGAAUGUUUGGAGACAAUCCUAAACAAGGCACAGGAGCCUCCCAAAUCGAAGAAAGUACAGCACUCCAAUGCCAAGAAUGCUGUUCUGUUUGAGGCUAUUAACCUGAUCAUCCACAUGGACAGCGAUCCCAAUCUCCUAGUCAGAGCCUGUAACCAGCUGGGUCAGUUCCUCCAGCACCGCGAAACCAACCUCAGAUAUCUUGCCCUUGAGAGCAUGUGUCUGCUGGCUACAUCAGAAUUCUCCCAUGAGGCAGUGAAGAAACACCAAGAGACCGUUGUCACUGCCCUCAAGACGGAGCGUGAUGUGAGUGUGAGACAGCGUGCUGUAGAUCUAUUAUACGCCAUGUGUGACCGCACCAAUGCCGAGGAGAUUGUAGGUGAAAUGCUCGACUACCUCGAGUCUGCCGACUACUCCAUCAGAGAGGAAAUGGUUCUGAAGGUUGCAAUCUUGGCAGAAAAGUAUGCGGUAGAUUACACUUGGUAUGUGGACGUCAUCCUCAACUUGAUUCGUAUAUCAGGCGACUACGUUAGUGAAGAAGUGUGGUACCGAGUCAUACAGAUCGUGAUAAACAGAGACGACGUUCAGGGGUAUGCAGCUAAAACAGUUUUUGAGGCAUUACAAGCCCCAGCCUGUCAUGAAAAUAUGGUGAAGGUUGGUGGUUAUAUCCUAGGAGAAUUUGGUAACUUAAUUGCUGGAGAUUCUAGAUCUAGUCCCAUUGUACAGUUCCAGCUUUUACACUCUAAAUAUCACCUGUGUGGACCAGGAACCCGGGGUCUCCUCCUCUCAACCUACAUCAAGUUUGUUAACCUGUUUCCGGAGAUUAAAAAUAGCAUACAAGAUGUUCUGCGCACCAACAACAACCUGCGGAACUCUGAGGUUGAGCUCCAACAGAGAGCUGUGGAAUACUUACAACUAAGCACGGUGGCCUCCACUGAUGUCUUGGCCACAGUUUUGGAGGAAAUGCCGCCGUUCCCAGAGCGAGACUCCUCCAUACUUGCCAAGCUGAAGAAGAAGAAGCCAUCAGGUGUGCCUGAGGGAACGGAACAAAAGGAGCACAAGAUUCCUCAAGCUCACAUGAGUAACAGUUUGGACGCACCAGCUGCGGCUCCCCAAGAUACCCCUUCACCUUUGUCGGUGCCGAUAUCUCCACCAAGUAGUUCAGGUUCUGUUGAUUUGCUUGGCCUGGGAACGCCCACAGCACCCUCUGGUGGAGGCGGUGAUGGGGGUAUGAGUAGUCUGUUGGUGGACGUGUUCGGGGCUGGAGUUACCAGUAAUGGCACAGAUACCAACAACCUAACAGCAGGAGCUGAGGAGGGCUACCAGAAAUUUAUUUGUAAGAACAACGGCGUACUGUUUGAGAAUGAUCUUCUACAAAUCGGAGUGAAAACAGAAUUUAGGGCCAACCUUGGACGUCUAGGAAUUUUCUAUGGCAACAAAACCUCAUUCCAAUUUACUGGUUUUCAAGUAGAGGCCCAUCUGUCUGAGGAUCUUCAAACCAAGAUAACAUGUCAACAGAAGCCGGUGGGGACUGUUGUGGACAGUGGGGCGCAGGUGCAGCAGGUCAUCAACAUUGAGAUAAUUUCCGAGUUCACCGAAGCCCCAACGCUUCAGAUAUCAUUCCUAUAUAGUGGUGCUACUCAGAGAAUCAAUCUCAAGCUACCAGUGAUGAUUAACAAAUUUAUAGACGCUGCAGACAUGGACUCUUCAACAUUUUUCACACGAUGGAAGGCCCUGAACAAUCCAAAUCAAGAAUGCCAGAGAAUAUUCAAGGCUAGUUUUGGGAUGGAUUCCGAACAAAUUAAAACAAAGUUAUUAGGUGGAGGAUUUAGUGUAUGUGAAAAUAUUGACCCGAACCCAGAAAAUUUUGUGUCGGCCGGUGUAUUGCACACAAGAACAGCACAGGUCGGCUGCCUGCUGAGGCUAGAACCAAAUAAACAAGCACAGAUGUACCGACUGACGAUUAGGACAAACAAGGAUGGCAUUGCUAAUCUGUUGUGUGAUCUUUUCGACAAGCAAUUUUAAUAUUGGACACUAUGGAAGGGGAAGCAACUCUUGCUCCACGCAAAAAAAAUCAUCAUGGACUGCAGUAGAUGUGGCCAGGGAAUUCUUAGGGGAAUAUCUCAUUGCACUUGUUUGUGGAAUGAGUGGGAUAUCCUAUAUAACAAAUCUUAUAGAGAGUGUUUUAUAUAGCUAUACAAUUCCCCAUGUGUGCACGAGAGAGGAAGUGUCGGCCGUGGACGUUACUGUGAGGUGGCCAAGGGGAGGGUGUAUAUAUGGGGUGGUUGUAUAUUACCAUUGUUAAGCCUUGUGAAUGUCGUCUGUCCAUGUGUCUGUUCGUCAUAUAAUGACAUUUCCAAUACUCACAUGGUUACACCUGAGAAUAUCCUUCUGUAGUGUUUCCUUAACCGGUCUGCUAUUUUAUUUCACAUGGAAAUUAAUAUGAAAGUUAUCUUGCUGCCCUAUAGGUGAUGGCAAAUGAGAAAAAGACAUUUGGAAUGUUUCCAGUUCUAAAUCUACCCCAGGCCUUCCUUCUCGCCAAAAAGUUUGGUGACUAAUUUUCCCUGAUGUGGAAACAAGGUUGUUAUGAAAUUCUGUCUCGGAUCAGAUUCUCAACAACCUCGCCUCGACUGAUGACGACAGCUUUUUCUAAAAGGCAUCUGUCCAGAGGUACCUCCAUCUCCUAGCAGCUAAUUAUCAAGUCAAGAGUUAUGUGCCCUUGCCUUAUUUUUGUGUUUUCUUUGAUUGAUGUCACUCUUUGUGUUGAAGUUAAAACCUCCAGUGUUCAUAAAUCCAAACCUGCUCAUGAAAAUUCUAGCCCAUACACCACACCUGUGUCCGAGCAUCUUUGGAGAAAGUUUUGCUGGCUACUCUGUAUAUGUAUCUCCAAUCCAUUAAUCUUGGAAGCUUAGGAUUCACCUUAAAGUCUUGAUUUCUUGAUUUGCUUUCUUGGAUAAAGAUAAGGCAACAAUUAGGAUGUUGUACAGUGAAUCUUCAAAAAAAAAAAAAAAAAAAAAAAUUCUUUAUAACCUGUAAAUUUUUGGUUCUUACCUGUAUAUUCAAGAUCUAAUCUCCGCUGUUUUUGUUAACACAUAUUCUAAGUAUCAUGCUUAUUCUUAUAAUUCUGUUUUAUUAAAAAGUUAUGUACACGUUGAUAAAAUUAAUGGAAAUCAAUAUUCCAGCCAUGUUUUUUCUUAGAAUAUCCUCCAUCGACACACCUACAGGUGCUAAAAGAUCAUGAGGCUAAAUGUUAAAGGUCAGGAGGGUAAGAGUUAGAAGGUUAAAGGUCAGGAUACAGAACAAUUUUAGUAUAUACAUAAUGCUUGUCAUGUUGUCGAUGGUUGUGAUGCUGAGUGAAAUCUAUUUAACGAAAGCUUGUUUACCUACCAACAUUUCAGUUUCUCGGUACGAGGGCCUAUUUCUUGUAUCACACUUAGCUAAAGCCUUGAUGUAAUGGCGACUGUGAUUAAGAUCUGGAUACAAGUAUUCAUUAAUUUGUUGCUAGUGAAUGAAAUAUCUGCAAACAGUAUCAUUUGAAUACAAACAAGAUUUUUUUUUUUUUUUUUUUACCAUUUUCACCUCCAAAGAAGUUUAAGUGGCUCUAUUUAAGGCUUCUGCAGGCCUGCACUUCAGAUGUGAGGUUGCAAUAAUAUCAUAAUGACCUAGCUCUGACACGACGAGAUUUUCCGUGAUAAUUUGUGUCUAGAGAUCCUCCAUACUGAAACCUAGGUCCGGAUAAAUAUACCCCUAAUGUAUUUCAAUGGUAACUCGUAAGUAAAUUGUUGCCCCAUUCUGCUGUUACAGACUUCUAAGAUAUGUCGGUGGUAGGUCGUGUGCGGACUGAAAAGGUAGCAUUCUUGUUGUCAGUAUUUUGGACACUACUUGUACUUGUGGCUUUGUGUAAUGCUCUGCGCUUUCAGUUUUUGUUUUUAACAAACAUCUGAGUAUGUGUGUCCAUUUUUUUUCCUGUAUAUUUGUAUAUUAUCAUUCCACAAAUUGUUUCAGUCUACGACCUGUUAUUUUUAUAUUUAAUUAAUAAGACAUUUUGUGCUAUCUGUUGCAAGACCCGUGUGCUGUUUCUGUUAUUAGACAUAUGUACUCUCCGUUAUAAGACAUGUGUUAUAAGACACUGGUAUGUGUUAUAAGACACAUAUGCUAUUCAUUUUUAGAGAUGUGUGCUAAACGUUAUAGGACAUAUUUUUAAGACACAUUGUGUUACAAGACAUGCUAUAAGACACUGAUAUGUGUUUUAAGACACGUCAUGUAUUAUUUUUACUGGUGGGGAGGGGGGGGGGGGGGGAUGGGGAAGUGCAGGAUGUAUUCAAAUAUGGGACAGACAUUGUUUCUUGGAGGUGAUUUUAGUUUAAUUUAACUCUUGAAAGCGUCUUCUGAAAUAUUACAACCCAAACUGGAUAUGCCCCCCAUGGCCACUAACUUGAAAAUUUGUUCUAGAUCUACAUAUCUGACUUAAAACCAUUUAAAUUCCAAGCAAUUUUAUUAUUGCUCAGCAUCGAAUUUCAAACCAUAUAUGAUAUGAGCAGUGAAAGACAGUUAAGAGUUGGACCAUCCGAACUUUCUAUAAAAGGAAAUACAUAUUAAUGGAAAGUACUGACAGAUCCCAGUUGCGUAAAUAGUUUUCCCUAUAUGUAUUACCUGUAGUGUGUUGAUCCCUAAAUAGUCCUCUCGUCUACGAAUUAUAUACCCGGUAUAUAUUACUCAGGUGACUGUGGUUUCCCCAGUAUAAUGUUGUACAUGGUCACAUAAUCUCCUUCCGUGUUUUAACAUGUAAUAGUACUUGUUGUGAAGAUGAAGGAUAUUUUCAAUUAUAGUAGAGCUAUUUAAGCAAGAAAUAAGGUAGACAUGCAAAUAAUUUUAAUAUCAGAAUUUUAACAAGUGCUGGUAGAUAAAUGAGCUCUGAUACUAUCUACGUGUUAUUUCGUUUAUAACCGUUACCGUUUUUUUUCGGCCCAUGGGACAUAUACUUCACUUCUCAGAGUUAUCGUUCUUACCUCAGUGCAAUGAGAGUCUAAGGAAGGACAACUCUGGGUAGUGAUUGCACUGUGAUGUUGAAAAACUAAAGAAAGAUACAAAAAUAUAAAUAUAUUGAUAAAACAAUUAAAUUUCAGCAUAUUUCGUAACAAUUUUUCUGCGAUUUUGUCAGCCUUUUGGUACUUUCAUGUUUAGUUUGAUACUGCAAUACAGUAUCGAAAAGCAGACGGAGUAAAUUUGUGAAAUUGUAAUUGUAAACCGAAUACAAUUGAAGUAUCAAACGAUGAGUUUUGGUUUAUUUUCUUGGCAAUAUGAUGUUAUUCCGAAUAAGGUAUACAGACGAUUGAAUAUCUUGAUAACAUGAUAUAUUGACGUGUUUUAGAUUAAGUGCUGGUAACGUCGUGUUGUAGAUGUAUUCAUGAGCAAUGGAGUUUUCCAGCUUCACCUGCUGUAGUUAGUGCUACUUUCAUAGAUGUGACGAAUGAGUGUGAUUGUACCCCUGUGACGUCAUAGCACCCUCACAUCAUUGUUAAAAUUCAACGUCUUGUGUGUAGUAACUGACAUCACUCGGGAACUGUCGGCUCUUUCCGUAAACGAGAAACGGAAAGUACCGACAAUUCCCGAUCGAUAAAAUCAUGCAACAUUGUAAAGACCUGUGAAUUCACAACAUGGCAAACAAUUGGUGCGUCUUUCUUUGCUUUUUCUACUUUAUAUUUAACCAAAUUAUUUUAGUUGAUUUGGUGAUAGAUAUUGGAAAGACUUUCAUGUUUGUAGGAUGGUAAUUUUAUCAAGUCACAAUGGUUUGUUUCACAAAGGUCUUGUGUAUUAAUGGAAACUUGUACAAUAUCGUCUGUGUUGUAUGAUCAGGCGCACGUGCCCUCUACAUAGAUAAUUAUAUGUUUUAUAUGUGAUACGUGAUUUUGAAAGAGGUCCAACCUGGUUGCCAUGGUAACAACGUUACCUGUCGACAGGCUGUCGUAGGAGAAAUAAAACUCUUCCCAUUUUAAGUGUGCAAUACUUCAGGUCAUCAUGUUAAUGUGUAGAGGACUGAAAAAAUGCUCCGCCAUUUUGUGUGUUAGCAAAGUAAACAGUUUAGGGAUAUCGUGUAUAUCGGGACAGGGGCGCCAUAUUGUAUUACUUGACCUUGAACUUGGAGUCAAAAGGUCAAAUGUUAUGGUGAACUAUGAACUCUCAUCAAGUAGUGCUGUGGUUGUUGUAAUAUAUGAAAUUCUCAUCUGUUCUUGCUGUGUAAUGUAUUUUGGUCACGUGAAUCUGAGGUCAAAGUUUAUAUGUUAAUUAUUGACGUCAUACAAGAUAGAUAUGUAGUAGAAUCCCUUAUUUGUACAAAUGUCGACGUAAUUAUCCCAUAUUUGUUUUACCGGAAACACGAUGGUACGGAGAAAUCACCGUGACUUGUUCUCCGGUAAAAAUCGUCUUGUAAAUCUUAGACAGACAUUGUAUAUAUAUACAACAUACUAUUAAAUAAACUUAACAUCCGUACAUCAA